AUGGCGUCUGACGACGAGGAAGACUUCAAGCAGCUGCAACAGAGUCAAAAUCGAAAGCACAAAAAGGCGGGAGGAUGGCAGCAGCUUGGUUUGGAUCACACAAUUUUUAAAGCCAUUGAAAAGAAGGGUUUCAAUCAGCCGACGCCGAUUCAGCGAAAAACGAUUCCAUGCAUUAUGGACGGCAAAGACGUAGUGGCCAUGUCGCGUACUGGAUCCGGCAAAACCGCGGCUUUCGUGAUUCCGAUGCUUCAAAAACUGAAAGGAAGGGAUACGAAAGGCAUUCGCGCUCUAAUGGUGUCGCCAACGAGAGAAUUGGCUCUACAGACGUUUAAAGUCGUGAAAGAGCUCGGCCGCUUCACUGGGCUCCGUUGCGCAUGUCUGGUGGGAGGAGACGUCCUGGAGGAUCAGUUCUCCACGAUUCACGAAAAUCCCGAUAUCCUUCUCGCCACCCCCGGACGCCUUCUGCACGUCAUCGUCGAAAUGGAUUUACGCCUUCAAUUCGUUCAAUACGUCGUUUUUGACGAAGCCGAUCGUCUGUUCGAAAUGGGAUUCCAGGAUCAGCUUACUGAAACCCUGAAACGCAUCCCCGAAUCUCGUCAAACCCUGCUCUUCUCUGCUACACUGCCAAAAAUGCUGGUGGAUUUCGCGAAAGCCGGAUUGACGGACCCAAUGUUGGUACGCCUAGACGUUGAUGAGAAGGUCAGUGAUAAGCUAUCAAUGGUAUUCUGCAUGUGUCGUCCCGAUGAGAAGCUCUCGCGUUGCUCCAUUUGUGCAGAAUUUGGAAAAUUCCGAAAAUCUGAAAAUUUCGAAACACGCAUGGACCGUGAGAACAAACAAACGGUGGUGUUCUGUGCGACAAUGAAGCACGUCGAGUACGUCGUCGGAAUUCUACAUCGUGCUGGCAUCGAUUGCUCAUUCGUCUACUCUCAGUUGGAUGCGACGGCGCGAAAACAGAAUAUUCAAAAGUUCCACGAGAAACAGAACAAUAUUCUGGUAGUUACGGAUGUUGCGGCUCGUGGUGUGGAUAUUCCAUUGUUGGAUACGGUGAUCAAUUUGCACUUCCCGUCGAAAGCCAAACUCUACGUCCAUCGUGUCGGUCGUGUCGCUCGUGCCGGUCGUUCUGGAACGGCAAUCUCACUGAUUGCUAAUGACGAGCUACCGUAUCUCACGGACCUGUUCAUGUUCCUGGGAAAGCCCAUUAAGUUUGCCACAGAUGGAUCUGAGUAUAAAGAAGACGAAACGCUGAUCGGACGUGUGCCAGACAGUAUUGUCAGCCUGGAAACCGAGUUCUUCAACUCGAUUCAUGAUAAUAACGAAGAAAUGAUUGAUCUGCGUCAGAAGGCCACCAACGCCAUGAUGAAGUACACCAGGACCCGGCAACCACCGUCAGCCGAGUCCGCUAGACGUGUCAAACAGGAUAUUCGCACCGACUCUGUGGAAUGUGCUCCACACCCAUUCUUGAAAGCCGACGGUGACAAGCAGUCCAACGACAUUCUGAAUCGAAUUUCGGCGUAUAAGAGUCGAAAUACAAUCUUCGAGAUGAACAAGUCCCAAAAGUCGCAAGCGCUGGCCGUGAUGCAAGCGAAACGCAAAGCCCACGAGCCCCGCAUCUCUACAGUAACCGAGGAGAAGCGAAAGCAGAAAGAGGAGAGAGCACAGAAGGAAGCGGAAGAGAAUUCGGAGAAAAUCGAUAAAAUCAAUAAUGGAGAGAAGCUAGAAGACGUGGUGGAUGAGACCGAGUUGGAGGCGGUGUUCGGUACGGUAAUCGGAGCCACGAAGCAUACGGAGACGUCGGAGGAGAAUCCGGGAAAGAAGAAGAAGAAGAGUGGAGGAGGACAGGGAAAGAAGAUUGAUCGACAAGAGCAGAUGAGAUUUGAGAGGGAGAAGCACUACGUCCCGUACACGUCGGCGGACCACGUCGCCGAACGACAACUCGCACUGGAUAAGGUGGAUUUCGCGAGACAAGCCGAAGGAGCGUCCGUUGAUAUCAUCAUGGACGACGAUAGGGGAAUGUAUAAUCAGAAGCAUGGACAGAGAUGGGACCGCCGCCUCAAAAAGUACGUGGGUCUAUCGGGUAACGAGCCGGCGAACAAGAAGAUCCGCACGGAGGACGGCACGUGGCUCCCGGCAAGCUACAAAACUGGAAAAUACGAGGAAUGGAAGCAGAAGCAGAAGAUUGGAUUCAAGAAGGACGGUGGAGAGGAGAGUGGAGAGACGCAGCAGACACAGGAUUACGGUAGAAAGAGGAAAUGGAAGAAUGAGGCGGCGAAGAGUGCAGGACCGAAGCACUCGGAGCUCAAGAACAAGGAUCAAAUUCUUAAGGGUCGCCGUAAACAAGAGAAACUCGAGAACUACAUGGAGCACCGUCGUCAGUCGAAUCUCAAGAAGAAGGCGAUGGGGGGCGCAGUCUCCGGAUUCAAAAGGGGCGGAGCUUCGGCGAAAAGGGGCGGAGCCUCGUUUGGCGGUGGAAAAGGAAGAGGAGGAGGCGGCAAAUUCAAAAAACGCUAA